CUUGUUGGCAUCAUGUCUCCCCUACACGUCUAUGUCUAUCCGGGGAUGAUUUUAAAUGAUUAAUCCCUUGUUUACCCGGGGAUAAACAGACUCCUGGAGUUCAGAGGCCGAUGCUGCUUGUUUAGAGAGAACAGGUCAGAGUCCACUGCAGUGUUUACAAAGAGACGUUUAAAUACCAUUUAACUCUUUAGAGCAACACACCUGAUGAGGAGGUGAAACACUAACUCCUCUGGGAAUAUUGAGUUUUAAAAUCUAUUUAAAAUGUGUAAAACUGAACUCCGUAAAUUAAGACGAAGCUUUUUUAAAUUGGUAAAUUUGUGAAUGAAGUCUGGUUUGAUUUAAUCACGAGACUCCCGACAGAAAUCAGUGUGUGACGUCAGUGUGUAAACAGUGUUCAGACACUCAGAGUCAUGGCGGUCGGCAUCAUGUCGGCUCGAGCGUCUCUUCUGGCGCUAACCGCUUGCUUCCUUCAGGUUCUCAUCCAAGGACAAGUGUUUCGGGCUCCCCAGGACGUGUUCCUGCGCUCGCGGCGCGCUAACAGGUUCCUGGUGGAGGAGGUUCUGCAGGGGAACCUCGAGAGGGAGUGCUACGAGGAAUGGUGCAACUACGAGGAGGCGCGGGAAUACUUCGAGGACACGCCCAGUACGAACGCCUUCUGGACCGUUUACUACGACGGGGAUCAGUGCGAGCCGGACCCCUGCCUGCACGGUGGAAACUGCACGGACCGGGUGGGGGGGUUCCUGUGCUCCUGCCCCACCCCUCACUACGGCCCUGUCUGUGAGCUGGGGGCCCCGGGCCCCGAUGGAAACCCCCCCACCGCCCCGCUGGUCACCUCCACAGAGAUCUCUCAGUGUCCGAUCGGCGGCCCGUUGGCGUGCGAUCAGAUGUGCGAGGCGUCCGUCAGUUCGUUCGUCUGCUCCUGCCUGACGGGCUUCAGACUGCAGGAGGACGGGCGGAGCUGCCGGGCUGAAGCCGAGUUUACCUGCGGACGACUUCCUGACGAGAUCAACGCCACGCUGUGCCCUCGAGGAGACUGUCCCUGGCAGGCGUCCCUAUUGGACAGCAGAGGGGAGGAGCUGUGUAGCUGCGCUGUGAUUGGCCGUCGCUCCGUGCUGACCUCGGCUCGAUGUCUCCUAACGGGCGUGUCAUCGCCCCCCCGACCCUCUGACUUCACCGUGGCCGCCGGCGAUAGAAAGACACUUGUCGCCGUGCGGUCGCUCUACAUCCACGAGCGUUUCCGUGAGCAUUGCCGUGACGAUGACCUCGUCCUGCUGGAGUUGUCCCGCCCCCUGACCUUUGGCCCCGCCCUCUCCCACCUCUGCCUCCCCCCCACCAGGGACUUCAGCGAGAACAUCCUGAUGCAUUCUGGGAGGACGGGGGACGCCGGGGAAAAGACGCUCGUCUACAAAACGCUGGACGAGUGCCGACUAAAUACGAACGUUUCAAAUCUGCUUAGCAACAAGAUGUUCUGCAUGGGGGGGCUUAAUGAGGGACAAGAGGGUGGGCAAAGCAGACCCAAACGAGCCCAGGGGAGCCUUAAUGAACUCUGGAAUUACACUAGUGCGGAUAUGAGGAGAAAUGGUUCUGAUCGAGUCCAGAGAGACCAGACUGGGGAUUUAAGAAACCCAAACAGUACCAUUAAGAGCCCGGAUGAACCCUUUAGGAACAAGAAUGGCAGCGAAGGGACGCAGAAUGGACGCCAUCACCAGAACCAGGACCACCAACAGGACCACCAUCAAAACCACAACCAGGACCACAACCAACAACACCAACACCACCAUCAAAACCACAACCAGGACCACAACCGAACCCCCCAUGGAGCAGACCGGACUCUGAUUGGAUCAGAAACCGGGCACAGGACCCAGAAUGGCGCCCGGCGGUGUUCGGGCUUGUUGCCGGGGGCGCCGGUUGCUACGGUGGAGCGCGGGACGGCGUUCCUCACCGGGCUGCUGAUGACAUCAUCAUGUGGGGACGGGCUGGUGUUCACCAAACUGUCCCGGUACCUGAGCUGGAUCCGGACCCGGCUGGAGGCCAGCGAGGGUCACGUGACCUCUCAGGGUCACAUGACCUCUCAGGUCCUGCAGUACCCCGAGAAACCCUGAGACACUUUAUCCUCAAAUAUUAACACUUUUCCCCUGAAUUGUUGACGUUUUCUUGAAAUAUUUUAAUUUUAAAUAUUCCACUGUAUAUUCCACUACAGAUGAUAAAUGCCCAGUAAAGACUACAAUACCCACAAUGCACCAGCUCCAGUGUUACUCCGGUUAGUGUUAAUAAUGAGAGACGGGACGCGCUCUACAAACAGAUUCCGUUUUUAUUCAACAUUAAAAGGUUUCCGGUACAAAAUAAAGAAUGUUUGAGCAGAGGGGAUUGUGGGUAAUGUAGUCUAUGAGACGGAGGACAGAGCAGAGGGGAUUGUGGGUGACGUAGUCUAUGAGACGGAGGACAGAGCAGGAAACGGGUUCUGUUUACUGACCACGAGCUUCUGGUGCUGCUGGGAGAUGUAGCCUUUGAUGUGACCCUGAGGGAAACCACAGAAGAAGAACAGGCUAACUGUUAGCGCCCCGCUGCAGUAAAACACCUCAGACUGAAUAUAUCCUUUUAUUGUGAAACUGAUAUUUGAUUAAAUACAUAACAAAUCUGA